GAAGGAAACCCUCGCUCCCGCGGCCGCCCUUAUAAGCAGCACUGCCUCGCGCCGGGCCAAACCCUAGCCUUGCCAAACCUCUCCCGCGCCGCCGCCGCCGCCGCCGCCGCUUCACCCUCCUCGCGGUGCCGCCGUCCGUCGAGGUAAGGUCAACAUGGUGAGGGUCAGUGUGCUCAACGAUGCGCUGAAGUCCAUGUACAAUGCUGAGAAGAGGGGAAAAAGGCAGGUCAUGAUCAGGCCAUCGUCUAAGGUUAUCAUCAAGUUCUUGAUCGUCAUGCAGCGUCAUGGCUACAUUGGUGAGUUUGAAUACGUCGAUGACCACCGUGCUGGGAAGAUUGUGGUGGAACUGAAUGGAAGACUAAACAAAUGUGGUGUCAUUAGCCCUCGCUUUGAUGUUGGCGUCAAGGAGAUUGAGGGAUGGACUGCGAGGCUGCUCCCAUCUCGUCAGUUUGGCUACAUUGUGCUGACAACUUCUGCUGGCAUUAUGGACCAUGAGGAGGCCCGUAGGAAGAAUGUUGGAGGCAAGGUGCUAGGUUUCUUCUAUUGAAGGGAGUAUGAUGAAAGUAUUAGGAUAUUUCCAAGAACUCAUCUGAGCUUGUGUUUUUUGGUCUGAAUAGAGCGACUUGUUAAGAUUCUGGAAUGUGUUAUGUGCUUCAGAAAUUGGGAUCCUUGUUAUGAGAUGUGCCUGCAGUUAAUUGACCUAUAUGCUUGUCUUAUAUUCUUUAUCUUGCCAUCAAGAACACUCAAGUUCCUUUACUCGAAUCUUGCAUGGAUUUUCUGAUGCUGAAGUUAUUUGUGAGCUCUAUAAAGCUAGUGUUGCCUUCA